AUGGCCGAUAAGUUCUCCUUAGAGGUCAGCUCCAGUGAUUUCGGCCUUUGGCGCAAGCUAAGAGGACAUCGACGCUGGGCUACGACUCGUCCGACGGCCUGGCCAUCCAGGGUUGCAUCAGCUGUACCAGCUUCAUCUGAAGGAUCUGUGAUUUGCACAUAUUUCACUGCGCCUUUGCAUUCCAAGCCCGGCCACCCGGAAAGUCCCGAGCGCGUGGAAGCGGUACUGAACCGCUUGCGGAAUCAACGAUGGCCUGGUCCCGCGACGUCAGCAUCAUCGGCGGAGCCACUGCUGUCUGCUACUGCCGCUGCUUCAUCACCCUCCAUUUUCUCCCCGUCGCGCCAAUCUUGCAAACCUUCGUCCCUACUUAACGGUCGAGUGCGGCUGCUGGAAAGCCACCGAUCCGCCACCGCGGAGGAGCUCGCGCUCGUGCACCCGCCCGCUUACGUGGAAGCAAUCCAGGCGGCGUGCCGGAAGAUUCAGGAUCGUACGAUGAUUGCGCAAGGUGUUGGGUGUAACGGCGUGACGAGCAGGGGCUGUCCUCGUACUGCGGAUGGCAGCGGCCUGGCGGCCGCACACAGUGGUGGUAACGAUGACGAUCGCAAUGGCCACUACGGUUAUGAUUGCGGUGGCAGUGGCAGUGGUCGCGAUCAGAGCAGCAUUGUCUCUUCUUUAGGUUCCUCUGGGCCGUCGUCAUCAUCAUCGUCAUCAUGCUUUUCCUCCUCCUUGCCUCUACGACGUCAUCCUGCCAGCGCAGCAUUCGCACUCGUACGACCCCCCGGCCAUCACGUGCUGCCCCGGCGACCCAUGGGGUUUGGGGUAUUCAACACCGUGUCACUGGCUGCCUGGUAUGCCCGGGAGCGGUACGGCAUCGACAAGAUUGCGAUUGUGGAUUUUGAUGUGCACCACGGCAACGGGACCAUGGAAGUCUUUUACGACGAUCCGUACACGUUGUACGUCAGCACCCACCAGGCGGGGCUGUGGCCAUAUACGGGUAAGGCCCACGAUACGGGCACCGGUGCUGGUCGCGGCGCCACCCUCAAUAUUCCCCUGCCCGGUGGUUCAGGCGACCAAGCCAUGCGCCUGGCAUGGUCCCAGCUGGUUUUGCCCUCCCUGGAGUCCUUCCGGCCCCAGUUGCUGCUGGUCAGUGCGGGCUAUGACGCCCACUGGAGGGACCCCCUGGCGGGGAUGCAGCUGACAUGCGCCACAUACCACCGGAUGUCCUCGGAGCUGCUGGCGCUUUCACGGCGAUGCUGUCCGGGAAGCACCAGCAUUGAGGCACCCGCCGCAAAGGACCUGUACGACGAGCCCCUAACCAAGGUGGCCGAGGUGUUGCAGGUAGGGCAGUCCGCCGGAGCCUUUGACCGAAUGGCCAAGACGGCAGCCCCUCCACACGCGGACGGUGCUCCCGCCCCAGCGGAAGCAAUUCCAUUCGUGUCGAAUCAGGAUUCAGUAUUGGCGGAAGCAGAGCGUGCUCUAGACGCGUCACGCCUUCCUGGAAACGCCUCCCUGGACAUCCGGAACAGCUCCGAAAACAGCUGCUCUGCCCGCCGUGGCCCACCAACGCUUUAUAAGUCCGACCUACGUAACUCCGAGCUGCGCCCCAACGCUUGCGGUGCACCGGCACAGACAUCGCCGUUACCUUCUUCCACCCGCCGGGCAGCAAAGCCACUAGGUGGUUCACGAGAUCCGGCCUCGUGUGGCAACAAGGCCGCCCCGCGCCACAGCCUACCGCUGGGUACCUGCCAGGGAGCCAGUAACCCCCAGCACGUUCCGGAAGGGGUAUCGGAGAGCUGGGGAAGGUGCUGCUCCGCCGUGCCGCCCCGGUGCGCCGGCCGACCUUGUCGCCGAGGGCCCGGCAUCGGCGGCUGGCCGCUGCACCUGCUCGAUCAAAUUAACAAAGCGACGGCGGCUGGGGGCCCAGCAGGGACGGGACCUGCGGCAGCCGUCAAGCCGACGGUUCCCGGCUGGGAACAGUUUUCUGCAGGGCUGGGCAGUGUCGCCGCGCCCGUCACUGAAGACGACAGCCAGUACGCGAUGGUAAUGCUGUUAGAAGAGCCUAUCAUGAAUCCCGUGCUACUCGAAAUUCUUCGUGAGCUGCGCGUCAUGCGUGCUGAACAGUUGUUGGCGGAGGCGACUGCAACGAUGACGACCCUGACGGUGGCGGAAACCGCGGCGGCGGCGGCGGCGGCGAUGGCAGGGGGAUCUCAAUGUUGUCAAUCCCACUUGCACAAUUCGGAACAGCAGCAACAACAGCGGAGGGCGGCUGCGGCAACGGCAGCGGUCGCAGCAGUAGCGCCCACAAGAGGGCCACAAGACGGCCGCUCCGACGGCGGUGGAGGCAAAGGCCAGCCUUAUAUCUACGCCCCCGGUCAGACUGACGCUUGUGGCGAGUUGGUAAACCAUGCGGAAGAUCCGCACAGUGAGGAUGGGCAAGCGGGUGAAAAGAAGGGCAAGAAAGGCCCCCGGGGGCCGGCCCGCCAAAGUCAUGCACGUGCGGGAAGAAAGCGCAAUUGAUGUGGCUUUGGUUUUGAUGGUACAGGUCGGGGGCCUGGUUUGAGGGUCUUGCGCCAUGUCCUGCUGUAGAUUGCUUUGUUCAUGGGUGGUCAUGGAUGGUGUCACUGGGAAUCUAGGAUGGAUGGCAGAUUUAUUGCUAUUGUUGCUGGUAAUGAAAGGACAGACCGGACGGAUAUGUCGGGUGGAGGUUGCGGUUUUGGGUGUAUCCCCUCUCUGUCCGGGCUCCUUGGUUUUCGAUGGAGAUCAUUUGGUACCUGCUUAGCAUUACUUAAGGGUUUAUGAACCGAUCGCAUGAUGUGCUGGUGAUGUUGGAGCUGAUUGUGCACCAUCGAGCAUCCGAAACGCCAAUUCUUGGUCCGUUGUGCACAUUAUUUUUGUUGAUGAUGAUAGAAGUGGCGCUGGUGUCGCGAUGCGCGGCGAACCGGGCUCUUUUUUUAUGUGGUAGCAUUUUAAGAGAGCAAUGCCCUGCAGCAUGCAAAUCUUACUGCGGGCCCUAUGCAUCAAUACAUGCACCGCACCAAACUGAGCUUGUGUCCCUUGUGUCCGUUGUUUUUUAUCGUCGUCCUAUGUAUGUCGUCGUUAAUGUUCUAGUCGCAGUAAACAUCAUGGAAAAGAGUUUAACACUUUCGUACUGAGCAAAAUGUUCUUGUCUGUUAUGUUAUCGCCAUGAGGUCCCGCAUUUAGGGCCUUUUGCAACGGCGUUGUAUGUACUGGCUCCCUUAUAUUUUUCGUUGUGGUUGGUAGGGUUUGCUAGUUGGAUAGCCAGGAAUAGCCGUACAACGCAAGCGCCGACUGCUCCCCGUUUUGAAGUGACAAGUAUUAGAGUUUUCGGCAAUCAUGUUUGUGGUGUUUAUGGCUAAUAUUUUUGCUUAUCUCAUGGUGUUAUGCGCACAUCUCGGAGGCUCCUGUUGUCACUUGCCGCGUGGCGGAAAUAGAUGAACUUGAUACUCCAGAUCGAAGUUUAAUAAAGGCUGCGGC